UCUGUCUUCCGGUCCGUCUCUUCACAUUGUCCAUCUGCAAACGUCGAGGACCGACCACCGGCUGGAAAACUGAAUAUCUUCUCACUGUCAUGACGACGCUCUCUGAGGAAGAGAAGCACAAAAUACAACAACAAAUGGUGUAGCUUGGAAUGCAGUAGUGCCACUUGCAGACUGCAGCGUCCAGGGAGCCCUAAAAAGGGAAGGAGUCUCACUCUGAAUCCUGGCAGCUUGUGGAGCAGUGAAGGCUAAAUUAGGCCCGGUUUCAUUGACUUCCAAUCCCCCGAGUCACAGCAGCCCUUCAGCCCAGAGGAGUGGAGGCCAACUGGCGCUCUGGGCCACGGAUGCUCCCUCUCAGCUUCUCUUGACACUGCCUGGUCGGAGACAGGUGCUGAGUGCUGCUGAGUGUUGCUGUGUGUGUGGGCCCCAGAGGCCUGGUUCAACAUUCCACUGAUCGUUUGAUAGACACAGUCUUUGGGGAACGAAGGGGAGGGAGGCAAAUGCCCGCACCAACCUCACAGAAGAACAACUGAGGGGCCUCACUGGAUAGGCAAGGGCAGUGCUGCUGUAACUGAGCCAGCACUUCCUGGUGUUGUUUUAGGGGGGGCGUGGCCAGCCUGAGUGAGGAAGAGAGGGAGGGAGAGGGAACUGCAGGAUCUGUAUGCCCAGUGCAGUCAGGGCUCCCUCCUCCUCCUCUUCGUCGUCGUCGUCCUCCACCUCCUCCUCCUCCUCCUCCACAGCUGUUGCUACUGCCGCCCAGCGAGCACCACUUUCCUGCAGCAGACAGACGAUCCAGAGGCUGGGGAGUCAGUAAAGACACAGCCCAGCCUGUCUCCGCACAGCUCUGCACAACCAAGCUCAGCCACUUGAAGAGGCAGGGGAGGGGAGACACUAGCGCACACAGCCAACGCUGCAACGCGCACACACAACCACACAGACAAACACUCCUCCUCUCUCCCUCUCUCUCUCUCUCUUUGCUUUCUCCCUCUCUCUCUCUCUCUCUCUCUCUCUCUCUCUCUCUCUCUCUGGUGCUCGCUCCGCACAGCUCCUUUACUCAUUCGCUGCUGAUUCACUCGCUCACUCGCUUGCCUCUCUUCUGCCAGUCGCUCUGCCUUGCUGUGUUCUGCCUGCCUGCCUGAGAAUGGUCCAGCCGGUGCCUGGGGGUCUGCUGUCGCGGCCUGUCUGAAUACACGCAUAAACAUACAGAGCCAAUCGACACGCAGAAGCACACACACACAAACUGGAGAGCAAUGUGAGAGAGGAAGUGCCUUCCCUGAUGUCUGCUGCAGCUUUGACCUGCUUCUACAGCUGAAGCUCCACCCUCCCCCCUGCCUCGCUCGCUUGCUGCCACGGUAACACGAGUACAAGGACAGCAACCACACCCUCCUCGCAGCCAACGCUCCGACCCACUUGUCCAUCCACUUCCAUCACCAUUCACUCCGCCACUCAGCCGGGCUCCAGCCUCAGCUCUUCUCACCAGACGACCCCGCUGCCUGCCGCACUCCACCAGCUGACCAGCCUUAGCACAGCAGCCCAGCUCACCACCAGGCUCACACAGCAUCUCACCCACCUUUGCCUUUCACCUUCGCCUUCGACCCUCUAAGCCUCCACUCAGUCCUCAGUGUCCUUAACCUUCCUGUAGCAGGCUACACCCAGACUGUCACCUUUGUUGCCUGCUUCACUGCACCUAACCAGAGGGCUCUCAGUUUGGCCUGCCAGUCUGUUUGCCACCUUUUCUAGGGGAUGUUGUAGAUGAGACCGUUCCGAAAGCAAUAAACAGUGUGAAAGAAAAGUCAAGCCAAGAGAGGCAACUUAGUUAUUAAGCUGCAUAGUCUCCUGGAUAUAAUCACUUUGUCAGCUGUUGCUUGUUCAGGAAAAUGACACAAUAACAUCCACAGCAAAACGUCGUCCUGCAACAUUUCACUUUGGAAAAAGAGCCCUCUCAAUCAAUAGGAACUUUUUGAAUGUUUCAUUUCAACUUCACGGACAAGUAUCACCGACGGUAACAACAAAUAAACCACAAAAAAGACCUUAAAGUUGUGGAUUAAUACACUAGAGGUACUUUACUGAACAUAUCUCUGCUCGGAAUACUUUUUGCCAGCGUGUUGCCAUGGCGAUGAACAUAGCACAUAUCCGCGACACAAAGUGGCUGACACUGGAAGUAUGUAGGGAGUUCCAGAGGGGCACGUGCUCGAGGUCCGACCAGGAGUGCAAAUUCGCUCAUCCGGCCAAGAGCUGCCAGGUGGACAACGGACGGGUCAUCGCUUGCUUCGACUCACUCAAGGGCCGCUGUUCUAGGGAGAACUGCAAGUAUCUGCACCCUCCACCACAUCUAAAGACCCAGCUGGAGAUCAAUGGCAGAAACAAUCUGAUCCAGCAGAAGAAUAUGGCCAUGCUGGCCCAGCAGAUGCAGCUUGCCAAUGCCAUGAUGCCCAGCACACAGCUACCACCAAUGGUGAGAGGACACACACGUAUGAACACACCACAGCAACUGCCCAUGCCCAUGUUCUCGGUGACACCAGGCCUGGCCACCAACGCCAGCGCAGCAGCAGCAGCUGCAGCAGCGGCCUUUAAUCCCUACUUAAGCCCUGUGUCACCAGGCCUGAUGCCUCCGGAGAUCCUGCCCAGCACCCCUGUCCUCAUGGCCUCGAGCCCCGCCGUCAGCCAAGUCCCCAACGCUGCUGCUGCUGCAGCCCAGAAGCUGCUGAGAACAGACAGACUCGAGGUGUGUCGGGAGUAUCAGAGGGGCAACUGCUCUCGGGGAGAGAACGACUGUCGCUUUGCUCACCCCGCAGACAGCACUAUGAUCGACACCAAUGACAACACGGUCACUGUAUGCAUGGACUACAUCAAGGGUCGGUGCUCCCGGGAAAAGUGCAAGUACUUCCACCCACCAGCGCAUCUGCAGGCCAAAAUUAAGGCUGCCCAGCACCAGGUGAACCAGGCCACAGCCGCCGCGGCCAUGACUCAGUCGGCUGUCAAAUCACUGAAGCGACCCCUCGACGCAACCUUUGACCUGGGCAUCGCCCCUAGUGUCAUGGCUCCCCUGCCAAAGCGGGCAGCCCUGGAGAAGGCCAACGGGGCCUCUGCCGUGUUUAACACCGGCAUGCUCCAGUAUCAACAGGCCCUGGCCAGCAUGCAGUUUCAGCAGCAGGCUGCUUUCCUCCCAUCAGGCUCAAUAUUGUGCAUGACACCUGCAGCCAGCGUUGUUCCCAUGAUGCACGGUGGUACUCCAGCCACUGUGUCUGCAGCCACCACAUCUGCCACAAGCGUUCCCUUCGCAACUGCCUCCACCAAUCAGGACUCUUCCUUAUCAAAGUUGACUACCAACGAAUACAUGCAAUUGAUUCCAAUAAUAUCUGCAGAUCAUCUGAGUAGUCACAAGUACUUGACUCAAAUGUAGUUCCUCUCAAAAACAAUCAAAUGAAUGUGUGCUGGCACCGUCCAAGCCAAAAGAGUUCAGCCUUUAUGUACAUAACCUUCAGAAUGUCAAGCAAUGGGACAAGGAGGGUCUGCCAUCUCUUACCCGGUCCACAACGAUGGUCUCAUCACACGUGUAAACAACAAGGGUACAACACAUGAUCUGUGCCAUCUUCCCACAUAUCAAUAUCAAGAAGAAUUUGCUGUCAAAAUCGACAUCCAACUGGGAGAAGAGGAUAUCUUGGUGCCAGGGUCAGUGUGUCUGUCCCUCAGUGGAAAACGUUCACUUUAUACCUCUGUGUCGGAUUAAAUCAUAGCACUCAGUUUGUUCUAAUUAUUAUCAUUACUGCAUGCACAGAAGGUCAAGAGCGUUGUUACAUGAGACAUCAAGUGCUGGUACGUUAGCAGACCAAGAUCUUUCUUUCCUUUAUUUUUAUUUUUUUUUAUUUGUUCUGCUUUAAUUUUUAAUUAAUAGCCAUAUUUCAUAGUUUACAAGUGAAACGUAAACAUGCACCUUGAAUUUGAACUGAAAUCUGAAAAGGCACAAUGAUUUUAACAGGAAUUUUAUUCGCCAAAAGAAUUAGGCAUGUACAGUAUUGUGUUUUUACGGCUACUAGUGAAACUAGAUGUUGAAAUGAGGGUCUUGGACAUAUGAAUGUUCUGGGUAAACCAACAUACCUGUGUACCUUGAAAGCACAGCCAGGCUAGCUUUUCUCACCUUGUCAUGUGCCAUCAAGGCCAUACAGCUAAAACCAGAGUGUUAUCUCAGCAGUGUUAUUUGUUUACCGAAGGUAAAAAGUUUUGUAUGGCUCUUUUUUUGUAUUAUUUUUGUUUUCAGAAAUCUCAAUUAUGAGUGUUUUUUUUAACUCUUUUUUUUUUUUUUCAAAUUAAUCAAUUUUAGAAGUGGGGCUCUUGCCAAAUUUUGUUUGGUGUUUGAUGUUUUGUUUUUGUUUCAAAUCAAAAACGGAGGGUUUUUCUAAAGUUUGUCAUACCUCUUUUCAUAGACUAGUGUUGUUUUUUUUUGUUUGUUGGGAUUAAGUUGUUGAUCAAGUCCAUUGACUCUAAAGCCUGGUGAAGUAGAGGGUGUAGCUUCAAUUGACGUUGUGUUACCUUGGUCCCCCCUCUUUUAAAGAGGAGCAGCUCUGAACCUGUCUCCAAGAAGCACUGUUGAGCCGUGUGUUGAUGGGAAUUUUAGAGAACAGACCCAAAGGUCUAUUAGGUCAUUUAAACCACAUGUGCACUUGGAUGAUUGCUUGUCUGAUCACCCUGUUUUAGUUUCACAACUCAUCCUGAGUAAAUUUUCAUUUUUGAGGAAAUGCAACUUGUUAUGCUUUGCUUGUAUUUGAAGCAAAACGUGAAGGUUUUCAUCCACUUGUAGAUCUGACUAUGGAAACCAAAGCACAGUUUUUCUCUCAAUGGGUUACAGAAACAUCUCUCAAGAGGCUUAAACAAUUAAGGAAAUGUGUUUAUCACAUUUCACAAAUCUUUCAUUCAUGUGUCCAUUUUAUGAUCACUUCCCUUUUUCGUUUUCACAGAAGUGUGUAGUGUGUCUUUACCGAUUGUAAUGUACCUAACAAAGCCUUAGAUUACAAUUAAUGGGUCUGUGCCCAAUCAAAUGUACUUUCAAUCACCAUGCAGGUAAAGAACACCAAUGAUGUUUUAUAGUUCUCUCACAUGCCGCUUAUGAUCUUUUAUUUUGUUCUUUCUCUCUGUAAAAGUAACAAUUACUCUCUUAAAUUUCAUUGAACUUAUGUGUUAUGUACUACUUAAGGAUUUGAAUCUAUUUGAGGUAUGUAGUUUUAGAUUUUUCCUUUUAUUUGCCUUACUAUAUAUUACUUGACAACAUUGAUAUAGCCGUUAUAGAUGUUGAGGUAGUAUGACAUUCAUAACUUUUUCAAACCAUAUAAAUGAUAAUGUGUUAGUUUUAAAUAUUCACUUCAUUCAUAUAGCUGGAUGUCUUUUUCAGUUGAUGUUACAUAGUCAGUUAAUUUUGUUGUUUUUUGAUACAAGGAAUGAGAUCAAUUAAUUUGCUGCCACCGCAGCAUCUCUGAGUCGGCGAAAAACUGUUUUAACCAACUUAAAAUUUUCCUUGUAACAUGUCAACAUCAUGUUUGAAAAUACUAUAUUGUACUGAAAUAUAGAUUGUCCAUGUUUUAGAGUAAAAAUUAUUUUCUACUGUAUCCAUUUCAAAGAGAUAUGUACUUUUGUUUGAAUAUUUCUUAAGUUUGCCCUGAAUGUCAGGCCAAAACGAGCAGUGAGAUUGACGGGUGUUUGGAUGUUUGGUAGAUAGUGAGAUUAAGGAGUGAGAAAGCAACGAUUCCUCCACUCUGGAGGAGUCCGAAAUGCUGCAGAUAAUGAGUUCUAACCUAAGGGACGAAGGUUGACUUUUUGCACUUCUGUAUAUAGUCAAAUGAACAGAGAAAAAAAUGUGUAUCAUAUUGAGAUAUUAUUUUGAAUAAAAAAAAGAUCUAUAAUUAUAAGGAAUUUUGUUAGAUUAAUUUAAAUUCUUAAAUUAGAAGACCAGCUAAAAAAAAAUUGCUUGCAAAGAAGGGCACUAGUUUCUUGGCCAAUGCAUUCAGAGAAAGCUAUGCGCUUUUUGUCUUAUUUUGUAAGUGGCUAGUAUUUCCAGGGAAUGUUGUAGGGGAGUAGAUAUCCCCAUGUCAUGCUAACUCCACCCCUCUUGUAGGAUGACAUAUCCAGUAAUGUCCAUAUAUCACUUUGUUGGUCAUGCAGUAUUGCUGCUCCCAUGGUACAGUUGAUACAUGACAAAUUUGUAUUCUAUUAUAGUUUGAUUUGACUGCAUGUAAAAGUACAAACAUGUAAACAAAAGAAACUGCAUAGAUAUGUAAGGAAAGACAACACCUUCAGACUACAGAAGACACAAUGUUUGUUUUGUUUUUUUCAAAUUAUUCAUACCAUAGGUAACAUCCGCAGUGGGGAGAAAUAAUACUUUAAAAACAAGUCAUCUUACUCUUGUGUGAUGAAAUAUUUUCUGAGGAAAAACAUGUUAUUUAAAGAAUGAUAAAAUAUUAGCACUCAUCCACCCCAGAUACGUUCUCAUAGCCAUAUAAUUACAGUCGACACUGACUCACGAGCAUUUGUUCUGCUAUCAUAGCUGUGCACUCAGCAGGUGAAGGCUCAUCACACCAAAUGCGUAUUUGGCAAAUUAGUCUUUUGAAAUGAAUGUAACAGUUGCCGUCAACAUGAGGCUGCUUUGUAUAGUCGCUACACAACCAAAGCACCAUUUUCUCCAAACCAGACGUUCAGUGUUCUGGCUGGAACCAAGGUCUCUCUUCCCUGCUGGGCGCACAUGAACGCUUUGACUGCUUUUUACUUGUAAGUGCACCCACCAAUUAUGUAUUUGCUAACAGUUGCCACACAAUAAUGUACUAUUCUGUCUUCAGAUUUGUUGAUGCACAUUUUAUUGUUGCCAUAAUUGACUCUUGCUGUAUGGAUGAAAAAAAUCUGAAUAAAAAAAAUAUUUGAUUUGCUCAUGCA